ACAAAUGUUGACAGUCGACAGAUUUGGAAUUCAAAUUGACACUAUUGACAGAAGACAGACAAUUGAAAUUUCUUUCAGAAAACCAAAAUGUCGAAGAGAGGACGUGGUGGUUCCGCGGGAGCGAAAUUCAGAAUUUCCUUGGCUCUGCCGGUAGGCGCAGUUAUCAAUUGUGCUGACAAUACUGGUGCAAAAAACUUGUAUGUCAUCGCUGUCCACGGAAUUGGUGGACGAUUGAAUCGUCUGCCAGCCGCUGCUGCGGGCGACAUGAUCGUGGCGACAGUCAAAAAAGGAAAGCCAGAACUCCGUAAAAAAGUAAUGCCCGCAGUGAUCAUCAGGCAAAGGAAGCCGUUCCGCAGGAAGGAUGGUGUCUUUAUCUAUUUCGAAGACAAUGCCGGAGUGAUAGUCAACAACAAAGGUGAAAUGAAAGGAUCGGCGAUCACUGGACCAGUAGCGAAAGAAUGCGCCGAUUUGUGGCCCAGAAUUGCAUCCAACGCUAGCAGCAUUGCUUAAUGUUAAUGUAUAAAUUUUAAAAAAUAUGAAAAUGAAGGUAAUAAAAAUGUCUUUCAAACAAUUUAGGUUUCAAUUUCUUUGUCCUGAGACUUCUAAGUACUCGAUUUACGUUGUUCUAAUUCUAAGGCACCUUUGAA